AUGGAUAAUGACACCUCUCAAUUUUUUCUUUGGGAAUUCUCAGAAAUUUGGGAGCUACGGGUUAUGCACAUAGCUUUACUGCUGAUAUUGUAUUUAAUGACAUUAUCAGGGAACCUUCUCAUCAUCUCUGCUGUUGUUUGUGACUACCACCUUCACACCCCCAUGUACUUCUUCCUGAUGAAUUUAGCCAUGCAGGAUGUUGGUUCCAUUUCAGUCAUUGUCCCCAAAGCAGUUUUUAAUUCUCUCAUGAAUAUUAGAACUAUUUCUCAUUUGGGAUGUGCUGCCCAAGUCAUGUUCUUUGCCUUUUUCUUGGCCUGUGAUAUUUCCCUCCUUACUGUGAUGGCAUACGAUCGGUAUAUUGCCAUUUGUAGUCCUUUACAAUAUGAAAUGAUAAUGAAUAGGAAAGCCUGCAUCAAAAUGAUUGGCAGCGUAUGGGUUGCCAGCCUUUUCAAUGCUUCAUUACAUACCACUUUCACUUUUAUUACUCCUUUCUGUUCUAAUAUUAUCAAUCAGUUCUACUGUGAAAUCCCUUAUUUACUUAAGAUUGCCUGUCCUGGUGUAUAUGCACCUGAAAUUGGAGUUCUAAUUUUCAGUAGUACAUUAACACUCGGUUGUUUUAUUUUUAUCCUUGUGUCUUAUGUGCAUGUCUUCUCUGCUGUUUUGAAAAUUCCUUCGGUUCAAAGAAGGAAAAAGGCCUUCUCCACUUGUCUGCCACAUCUUAUUGUCUUCUCCCUAUUUGUGUUUACGGCUUGCUUUGCUUACCUAAGAGACAUAUCUGACAAUCCAUCCUACCUUCAAUACAUAAUUACAAUGCUGUAUUCUAUUAUUCCACCCAUGACUAAUCCAUUGAUUUACAGCAUGAGAAACAAGGACAUCAAACUUGCUCUUUCAAGGCUUAUUAGUCAGAGAUCAUUUAACUUUAAAGAAUUGUGA